UUCAUUUCACUUUCAGUUUGCAACCUUAGCUGAGAGGCCAAAAUUCUCUCUCUCUUUCUCUAGACUAUCUACUACUCUGUAAGGCCUCUAGUUAGCUAAAAGAAAUAUGGGUAUUUUCUAUAUCAUCUUCACCUUCAUAUUGUUCUCUCUCUUCCUAACCUUAUCCCUCUUCAUACUUAGAAUCUUCACAGGCAAGUCCAUCAGAAACCCGAACUACCCACCUGUAAAAGGCACUGUCUUCCACCAGCUCUUAUACUUCAACAGACUCUAUGACUACCAAACCGAAGUUGCCAAAGAACACACAACUUACAGGCUUCUGGCCCCGGAACACAGCGCAAUAUACACAACUGACACGCGAAACAUUGAGCAUGUUCUGAAGACCAACUUUGGCAGCUAUUCGAAAGGGGAGUAUAACCAAGCUAUUCUGUCUGAUGUUUUUGGCCAAGGGAUAUUUGUUGUUGAUGGAGAAAAGUGGAAGCAGCAGAGGAAGCUCGCGAGCUUUGAGUUCUCCACGAGAGUUCUUAGAGAUGUUAGCUGCUCAGUGUUUAGAAGAAAAGCUGCCAAACUGGUUAAAGUUAUUUUUGAGAUUUCAGUUGCCAGGAGGGUUUUUGAUAUGCAAGAUUUGCUCAUGAGAUGUACCUUGGACUCCAUAUUCAAAGUUGGGUUUGGAAUAGACCUGAAUUGCUUGGAGGGGUCAAGCAAAGAAGGGACUGCAUUUAUGAAGGCCUUUGAUGAAUCAACUGCUUUAACCUAUUUCCGCUAUGUUGAUCCGUUCUGGAAACUGAAAAGAUUUCUCAACCUUGGUUCCGAGGCCUCCCUUAAAAAGUAUGUCAAAGUCAUUGAUGAUUUUGUGCACCAAGUUAUCAGGAGCAAGAGGAAAUUUCUAGAGGAGCAAAAGGAUGUUAAUGACAAGGAAGACAUACUAUCAAGGUUUCUAUUGGAGAGCAAGAAGGAUCCAGAGGAAAUGAAUGACAAAUAUCUAAGGGACAUCAUUCUGAAUUUUAUGAUUGCUGGCAAAGACACCAGUGCAAAUACACUCUCAUGGUUCUUUUACCUGCUCAGCAAGAACCCUCUAAUACAGGAAAAAGUUGUACAAGAAGUGAGGGAUGUUGUUGGUAAUCAGGUCGGUGAAGCAAAAAUCGAUGAAUUUGUGGAGAACAUUACUGAUGGAACUCUUGAACAAAUGCAUUAUCUUCACGCGGCAUUGACAGAAACGUUGAGGCUAUACCCUGCAGUUCCCAUUGAUGGGAGAUGUGCAGAUGUAGAUGACAUUCUUCCUGAUGGCUUUAGAGUGAGAAAAGGAGAUGGAGUAAACUACAUGGCCUAUGCCAUGGGCAGAAUGCCUUAUAUUUGGGGAAAAAAUGUUGACGAUUUCCGGCCUGAAAGAUGGCUCAACAAUGGAAUUUUUCAGCCCGAAUCACCCUUCAAAUUUGUCACAUUUCACGCAGGUCCUCGGAUCUGUCUAGGGAAGGACUUUGCUUACCGGCAGAUGAAGAUAGUAGCAAUGGCUCUUCUUUGUUUCUUCCGCUUCAAAUUGGCUGAUGAAACAAAAGCUGUAACAUAUAGGACCAUGUUCACCCUUCACAUAGAUGGCAGCCUCCCUAUGCUUGCAGUUCCCAGGGCGACCUGAUAAAAUCUCCUAUAUCUGAAGAAAAUCAAUGUUCAAGGUUAUCACAUAUUAUGAUAUUGUUAUGAUAUUUGCAGGUUUUUGCUCUCUAUUCUGUUUGUAAUUAGUAGAUAAUGGAAACAACCUUGUAAAUAUAUGUAAAUUAGCAAAUAUGUAAAACCAUGACUUUCAUCGCCCAAGAAACUCUCUGCAAUCUUGGAAGAACCUCAGCAAAGAUUUGAUGUCGUUUCUUUUCGUUUUUGCCCACACAAAC